AUGGAGCUGCGCUCGGAGCUCCCCAGCGUGCCCUCGGCCGCCGGGCCCCCGGUGGCGCCGGGCUCCGUGGCGUCCGUGGCGUCCGUGGCGGCGGCGGCCGCGGCGGCCGCGUCGCUGCCCGUGAGCGUGGCGGGCGGCCUGCUGCGGGCGCCGCCCCUGCUGCUGCGGGCGGCCGAGAAGUACCCGCGCACGCCCAAGUGCGCGCGGUGCCGCAACCACGGGGUGGUCUCGGCGCUCAAGGGCCACAAGCGCUACUGCCGGUGGAAGGACUGCCUGUGCGCCAAGUGCACCCUCAUCGCCGAGCGCCAGCGGGUCAUGGCGGCGCAGGUGGCUCUGCGGAGGCAGCAGGCGCAGGAGGAGAACGAGGCCCGCGAGCUGCAGCUGCUCUACGGCACGGCCGAGGGGCUCGCCUUGGCCGCGGCCAACGGCAUCAUCCCGCCGCGGCCCGCCUACGAGGUCUUCGGCACCGUGUGCCCCGACGGCGCCAGCGGGGCCGGCCCCGGGCCGGGGCCCGGCUCGGGCGCGGGGGGCGCUGGAACCGGAGCCGGAGGCACAGAGGCCAAGCUACAGAAGUUUGACCUGUUUCCCAAAGGCCUGCUGCAGCCGGGAGGGGCGGGUUCCCCUCAGCCGCCCGGGGGAAAACCGGUGUCCCCGGACGGGGCAGACUCGGCGCCCGGCACUUCGUCUCCGGAGGCCCGGGCCGGCUCAGGAUCCGAGAACGGCGACGGGGACUCGUUCCUGGGCUCGCCACAGUCCAAGGCGCUGAAGGAAGCGGGCGGCGGAGGCGGCAGCGGCAGCGGAGGCGGCGGCCCCGGGGAGGACGACAGCCCGGGCUCCAUCAGCCCCCUGGGCUCCGACUCGGGCUCCGAGGCGGACAAGGACGAGGGCGCCGCGUCGCCGCCGCCGUCGGGUUCGGGCCCCGGGCCCCGGCAGCGGACGCCGCUGGACAUCCUGACCCGGGUCUUUCCCAGCCACAAGCGCAGCGUGCUCGAGCUGGUGCUGCAGGGCUGCGGCGGGGACGUGGUGCAGGCCAUCGAGCAGAUCCUGAACCACCACCGCGGUGCCGCCGUGGCCGGGGGCGCGGCCGUGGCGGCCGUGGCGGCCGGCGGCCCAGACAAGGGCCCGGACGAGGGCUGGACGGGGCGCGCGGACGGCGCCGGGGGCGCCCUGGGGGCCGCGCUGCAGCCGGGCCCCGCGGCCGCCCACCACCCGCACCACAGACCCUUGCUGGCGGGGGCCAUGACCCCGGCCAUCGGGACCCUGGGCAGCCGUUCGGCCUUCUCGCCGCUGCAGCCCAACGCCAGCCACUUCGGGGCCGAGGCGGGCGCCUACCCUCUGGGCACGCCCCUGGGCCUGAGCCCGCUGCGCCUGGCCUACUCGGCGGCCGCGCACAGCCGCGGGCUGGCCUUCAUGGCGCCCUACUCCACGGCCGGCCUCAUGCCCACGCUGGGCUUCCGGCCGCCCAUGGACUACGCCUUCAGCGACCUCAUGCGGGACCGCUCGGCCUCCGUGCACAAGGAACCCGUCUACAGCAACGGGGGCGGCCUCUACGGGCCCCUGGUUAACAACACCCCGGACAAGCAAUAGGGAGGGCUACGGACCGAGGGGAAGUGCCUGGGGCACGGAGGGGGAGAGGAAGCCGCGGCCGCCCCUCCCCGCCCGGCUUCGCGGCCCAUUUCGGGGGUGACCCAGCCCCUGCGCCCUCGCAGCGGGCUCUCGGCCGGGAGGGAGGGAAGCCGGCUCUGCCCCGGAGGCGGGGUGGGGGCACAGGGACACUAAGGCGGAAUCCGCCCGGAGGUCGCAGCCGGCCUAGCUUGCCCGAACCCUUCCGGAAGCCUGCGACCCGAGGUCGGCCGAAGGUCUGGGGGAGAGGAACGUGGGUGUGGGACUUGGCCCUUGUGCGGGGCCCGAGGCGGCAGGUUCGAGAGCCCCAGCCCGGCCCGAUCAGAAGGCACUUUGGCUUCCGAGAUGCUGGACGCCUGCGCACCCUCCCCAGACGGAUCGUAGGCUGGCACCCCUUCUCCCUCUCUUCGUUUUCGUUCGCUCUAACAAAUAUAAAUCUAGGCUGAACAAACCUAUUCCUAGCGCUGGGUCUAGUCCUUGGGAGAGGAGGUGUCGGGCAGGCCUCGCUCCGUCUGGGUCCCGCCUCUGCCUCUGGCUCGGGUCUGCCUCUCCCGUGAGAUCGGACUGUGGAGGAGCCGGCAGUGGGCUCCGAACGGGCGCUUUCGUUGUUUCGGUUCUCGUCCCGACCCUCCCUCGUCGCUUACGGUCCCGAGCAUGGCUAUUUCAUCUCUGGUGCAUUGUGAGGUUUUCCACGUGUAUAAAUAUAUCGGUACCUGAUCUAUACAUAUUCAUAUACAUAUAUUAUAUAUAUAUACGAGCGAGUGUACGAUGUUAUAAAUGGAUUCUAAGUUAUUAAUUGUAAUCUGUAGGUGAACUUGGUAUUAACGUUUAAGGAAAAAAAUUCCAAAAAGGAAAUCAACCAAGACGAUAAAAUACAAACCAACGACAACCAAAGUUAGACAGGUGGUCUCGUACUUCUGAGGGCUAGAGAUGCAGCCAUUCCUCCAGGUGUGUCACGGAAUCGCCCCCUCCCCCCUUCGCUCGGAAGCUACUUGAAUCCUCAGCUCUCCUGCUGGGCUGCAACCGGAUUCGGUUUGACCGCAGCCCUGGGCUUGCCUCCCUCCUUGGGGAUCCAGGGUCUGUAGCUAGUUCCCCACAUCCUACUGUCCAAAGAACGUUGUGUUUUCUACUCACA